CAUGGCCCAAUCCUGCCCUCCCCGCAUCCCAGUCCCAGCAGACUGGCCAGGCCGCCGCCGUUGGCACCGAACCCAUGUCGCCCAUCCGCCGUGCCCCCCCAAGCUGGUAUGAGAGUGUGUUGUCUAUGGAUGGAGUAGGUUAGUAGGCCUGUGUAGUAUACAGAGAUACGCCAUGUAGUGUACGACAGGUACCACCACAUCCAUGUAUGUGCGCUACCUGAACCCUCGACGCACCGUCGCCCCUGUGCCUGUCUGUGCCUGUGCUACACUCGACACGUCCACACACUCUCUCCAACACAUCGACACACACACCACACGCCCUGCUGGUCAUGCCCUUCGCCUCCGUCAGCACUGGCUCCAGUACCGAGUAAGAUCACAUCACGGCCAAAAACUCUGCACGCGCUGGCCCGCCCAGCCAGGCCAGGCAACCCACAGCACUAGCCCACUAUGCGCACUCGGCCCCGGAGCCUCUGUGCCGUCCAUCCUCCCCAACUGUCCAUGGAAUCGUGCGGAGAAGCCGCGCCACAACAAGGCCAAACUGCUCCUGUUUGCUCCUGUGCUCCCUGACUCCCUUCCCGCCCUCAUAACCCCCCUCGACCCUCGCUCUCGCCCUCUGUCGACUCGCCCUCUCCGCCUCAGCCAUGGUAAAAGUGUUGAGCCCCAUCUGUGAAGCCCUACGC